AUGUCCGUUCUGGAUCCUGCCAUGCCCAAUUCCCACCUUGACGAUGAUGAUUCCGACUGGGAAUAUGAGUAUCACGACACCGAAACAGAGACUUUCUUUUUAAACCUCGACCUGACAACUCAUCAUGGCGCCAUACGAGCCCCUCGCCGCCGGAAUGACCCUUCCGCUUCGACAUCAACCAGCGUCCCCGGCACCGUGAAUGCUACACCGGCUACUUCGCGACCCGAUGAUCAAGAUGCAGCUGUAGCCGGCUCCGAAACCGACAACGCUCCCUCAGGGCGUGUUCAAAUUCUCGGCCUCCAUACGCACAACCCGAUCAUCUCCUACCAGAAUCAGAUCUUCAGCGGAACGUGGGCAGACCAGAUCGGCACAGAGUUGUUUUUCGCGCGGCCCGACAAUGUGGGCGCUGAAUUCGAUCAUGUUGAAUCCGCAUCCACUUAUAUUCCGCCAUUGAAGCACACCGAGGAUUUUGACCUCAUAUCGGCAAACAGCGUCAAGAUCCUCGGUCGAAAGGCAAAUCUUAUUUCGAGCUCAGGCCCGACUGUGGCUCCAGAACAGCGAGAACCAUCCUUCGGUUCAACUCAGGGUCCCACACCAGAUGCCCCAGGGCUGGUAUACAAGGCCGAGCAUCAAUCAAACCAAGCCCGGUUUCUUAACCGUUUAAAAGAUCUGAAAUCUCAGAAGGGCGAAACAGAUACCGUGCGCACGGUCUUCAGUACUGCCAGGCGGGGUCCGAAUCUUGAGGCUCGACUACGGGGAUGGGUACAGACGGAGGAACAACUAAAUUCGAUUCGACAGCUCAAUGAUAGGGCCGUUCAAGGCGAUUCCAAUGCCAUCUGGGAGCUAGAAAACAUCUAUGCUCAACUUGGUAGUCAUCAUCCCGGCACAUCCGAAGGCCCAUCACGUUUGGGUUGA